AAUCAUAUUUGUCGGUGGAUAUAGCAUUUGACUUUUUGAACAUAGAUAAGAAUGUACCCAAAAAGCUGUCUAGAUAAAUAUUACACAAAAGGCAUAUAUCUGAGUCAGCUAAGGAGAAGGCAGUUUUGGGUCAUACAAAUACAUAAACUAUGUCUUUCAUUGUUUAAGGAAAAAAUAAAUCUUAAAGAUAUCCAACUUUUUGUAGUAUUUGUUCCUAUCGAAAUUAUCAUAGUAAUAAUUACACAGAGAUAGCACAAGGGUUAACACAGCCUAUAGCUUCGAUAAAUAACUGUUUACUUCCCGAUUUUUGUUGAGUUUAUUUUGCACUUUGUCAGUUAAUUAUCGUAAUAGAUCAAAAGUAGCUUAGAACUAUACAUAUACUGCUUGCACGAAUAUCGCAAUUUAAUAUUUAUUAAUUGAUAUAAUGGAGGUUUUACCCGAAAAACGUCUAAUUAUAAUUCAAGACCAGGACCUGCACAAUAAAGUCGAAGGUCCUGACUUACAGAAUCAAAGACUACCAACUAAAGUUCAGGAUUUAAAGUAUCUAAUAGAUGUUCAAGAAGAAAAACUAUCACAUAUUCAGCUGCCAAUCAAAAUUCAGGAUCACCAAAUCUUACAUAAAUUACAAAAUCGAAAUAAUCAUGAAGACCAUGAUCAGGAGAAGAUACCGCAUGAGAUUCCGGUGGUUGAGAAGAGACUCUUCAUUGAUAUUAAAUAUCAAAAGCAUUUAACCGAAGUUCAGGAACAGAAAGAAAUUUCCAUUGAAGUUAAUUCAAUAAAAGAUGAAAAUCAUACUAUAAAUCAGAAGCACGACUAUAAAAUAUGUAAAGUGGAGAAUCAACCAUCACCUGUGAAUCUUAAAGUAACCUCUCAGCCAAUUAUCCAUCGCCCUGGUCGUCUGAUUCCGCCCAUGCCUUCAGAAGAAACAAUGCGCCACUCCAUAGCCGACAACCUGAUGGAGAUUUUGGUAAAUAUGACCAUCCCACAGUACCGACAAAAGUGCUUUGAACUUUUGCAGGUGGGCGAUGCUCUGCAGGCACGCAACAGAAUCCUAAAUAUCUUGAAAGGAAUCGACGAGAAUCGUAGGACACACAGAUAAAUCACAAUCAAAAUGAUCCUUAUUAGGAACUUUUUCUCUUUUGAAUCAUUACGUAUGUAUACCUUACUUGAUAAUUACAAAGCUUUGUCUUGCGAA